AUGGUGGAAUCAAGUACAGAUGAAAAGCAAGAGUGUGCUCCGGGCGAGGCUGUCGUAGCUCCAGAGACACUACCCGUCGAGGGCCAAGUCGAAAUCCCAUACAGCAUAUACACCAGUAAAGAGAAAUGGUUAAUUGUCGCCAUGGUAGCUCUAGCUGGGUUCUACAGAUAUCCCAGUCCACUUCCAGCAAACAUUUACUUCCCCGCCAUCCCCACCCUCGCACGCGCCUUCCAUAAGUCCCUCGACGACAUCAACCAAACGGUAACCGUGUACCUGGUCUUCCAAGGCAUCAGCCCUAUGCUAUGGGGCCCCAUCAGCGACCGCUACGGCCGCCGUCUCGUCUACCUCGUCUGUCUCUCCAUCCUCAUCGCCUCUAGCAUCGGUCUCGCCCUAUGUCCCACUUCGGAAUUCUGGCUGCUCCUAUUCCUACGCUGCUUCCAGUCCGGCGGCAGCGCAUCCACCAUUGCCCUCGGCGCAGGUGUCAUUGGCGACAUCUCCACAAGCAGAGAGCGCGGCGGCUACUUUGGAAUGUUCAACCUAGGUCCCAUGCUAGCCCCCUGCAUCGCACCCGCCAUCGGCGGCGCCCUAUCCCAAGGUCUAGGCUGGCGCUCAAUCUUCUGGUCUAUUGUAAUAAUGGUAUCCUUCUGCCUCCUCUGCAUCCUCUUCUUCCUCCCCGAAACGCUGCGCUCAAUCGCUGGAAACGGCUCCCUCCCUGUCCCCCGCAUCCAACGCGCCGUCUUCCCUGUCGUCGGCCAAAAAUGCCCUUCCCAAGCCCUGGAUCCCAGCAGCACCCGGUCCGGAAAGAAACAAAGCGUAAACCCCUUUGUUCUUUUUACCUACCCUGACGUCAUUGUCCUUUUAUCCUUCACUGGAAUCGUAUACGCCGUAAACUACACAAUCACCGCCACGAUAUCCUCGUCGUUUGCGAAAAUCUACCCAGAUCUUAAUGAGACGGUGCUGGGAUUGUGUUAUCUACCCGUGGGGGCAGGCAUGAUCAUCGGAUCCACGCUCACGGGUAAAAUGCUGGAUUGGCAAUAUUCCACCAUCAAAGCGCGGUGUGGCGACAAAUUCACCAUCGAACAUGCGAGACUACGCAUCAUGCCGUUUUAUCUCUCCCUCUUCAUCGUCUGCGUCGUCGCGUGGGGCUGGGCCAUACAAGCGAAAGCGCACAUCGCCGUCCCGCUUAUCCUGGGUGUGCUGCUGGGAUGGACGAGUAUCGGGAUAUUGAACACGACUAUGACGCUUAAUAUUGAUAUUUUGCAGUCGAGGAGCUCAGGGGCUACCGCGUGUACGAAUCUUGUGAGAUGUAGUCUUGCAGCUGUGCUCGUCGCAGUUAUUGAACGCAUGACAGCGGAUUGGGGCGAGGGCUGGACGUAUACGUUUUGGGGUGGUGUUUGCUGUUUGUUGUUGCCGCUUAUGUUGUUGGAGAUUAAGAUGGGACCAGUUUGGAGGGGGAGGAGGGAGAGCAGGGAGAGGGAGAAGGAGGAGAGGGAAGAUGCGGAGAAGUUGUGAUGGAUUUUGUUGUUGUCGUUAUUUUUUGAGCGGGUCCGGUUAUGACUUGACGGCCGUAUUUUGUUGGUUAUUGUUUCUCGUGGACAGUGAUGGAUAUACCCCUCUUAGUAGUUUUAUCUUAGGUUAGUCUAUGUUUAUAUUGAUUGAACUAUUUCUAUCUAUCA